AUGAUUACAUCAAGACUAACUAAUUUCAAAUCUAGCAUACUAUUUAAACAGUCAAUACCGAUACUAAAGCUAAGAUCAUCAACGCUAAGAUCCUCGCUACAUUAUUGUCACACAAGACAAUUCACUACAUCUAAAAAAUCACAACUAAAUAUAACACCAUUAGAAUUAUAUAAUGAAAGAGUAAAACAAGGAAAAUUAAGAGAGGAUCAAUAUCAAAGAAAAAUUAUAAGUUCAUUAUCUAUAUUACAUGAAAAUUUAAUUCAUUACAAACCACCAGAAAUAGAAAUCCCCACAAUACAAGAAUUAAAAGCAGCAUCAACCAACAAAUUUUCAAUACUCAAGGUAUUUUCAUCAUUUUUUGGUAAAAAUCAUACACAACCCACUAUAAAAUCAACGGAUUUUGAAAAUGAUGAAGAAUAUAAUUCAAUAAAUAAUAAAGGAAUUUAUUUAUAUGGAGAUGUUGGAUGUGGUAAAACGAUGUUAAUGGAUUUAUUUUAUGAUACAAUUCCUAAAAAUUUAACUAAAAAAAGAGUUCAUUUCCAUCAAUUUAUGCAAAAUUUACAUAAAAGAUUACAUCAAUUAAAAAUUCAAUAUCGUAUUAAAAAUUCAAAGGGAGAAUAUCAUGAUGAAAUUGAUGUUAUACCAAUAUUAGCAUCAGAAAUUGCAAAACAAUCAACAGUAUUAUGUUUUGAUGAAUUUCAAGUAAUUGAUGUAGCUGAUGCAAUGCUUUUAAGAAGAUUAUUAAUGCUCUUGUUGUCAUCACAAUAUGGAGUUAUAUUAUUUGCAACAAGUAAUAGAGCACCAGAUGAUUUAUAUUUAAAUGGAAUUCAAAGAGUUAGUUUUAUUCCAUGUAUUAAAUUAAUAAAAUAUAAAACAAGAAUUAUUUAUUUAAAUUCACCAAUAGAUUAUAGAAAAAUCCCAAAACCAAUAAGUUCAGUUUAUUAUUAUCCUAAACCUGGUGUAAAAUGGAAUUCUAAAAUAAAUCAAUCAAAUUGUAAUAAACAUAUUAAUCAAUGGUAUGAGUAUUUUAAUCAAAAUAAUCAUAACUUGCCAGAAGGUGAAAAGCUUGAGAACUAUUCAUUAAAAGUAUGGGGUAGAAAUUUAAUUGUACCAAUAAGUUCACCACCAAAAGUUGCACAAUUUACAUUUUUUCAAUUAUGUGGUACCCCAAUGGCAGCAGGUGAUUAUUUAACAUUAGCAGAACUGUUUGAUGCAUUUAUUAUAACUGAUAUACCUUAUUUAAGUAUAGAUCAAAGAAAUCAAGUUAGAAGAUUUAUAACAUUUUUAGAUGCCAUAUAUGAUUCUCAUUGUAAAUUAUCAGUUACUUGUGCAGCUCCAUUUAAAGAUUUAUUUGUUGAACCUGAAGAUUUAUCAAAUGAUGGAAAUAAUUAUCAAUUAUAUAAAAAACAAUCAGAAGCUAAAUCACAAAGAAAUAAAUUAAAUGAAGAAGAAAAAAUUCAAAUUGAGAAAAAACUGAAAAAAAGAUUAGAAAAUAUAGAUAUUGAUUCUUUUGAAAAUGAUGAAUUAGUUAUAAAACAUGGAUUUGAUAAAAAUAUUGUUAAAAAGGCAUCAAUGUUUGUAAAUGAUGAAGAAAAAUUUGCAUUUGCAAGAGCUUUAAGUAGAUUAAGUCAAAUGAGUACUACUGAAUGGAUUGAAUUUGAUAGAAAUAAUUAA